AUGGGCGAACCAAAUGGCAAUGAAAAUGCUAUGGUGCAUGAGAGUGAAAUGGUUGUUGAUGAUGAGAUGAUCCAUGGCAAUGAAAUGGUUCACAGUGGCGAGAUGAUCCAUGAGCAUGAUAUGGUUCAAGGGAAUGAGAUGGUUCAUGGUGACGAGAUGGUGGAAGGGAGUGGGAUGGUCCAUGAUGAUGAGAUGAUCCAUGGUAAUGAGAUGAUUCAAGUUAGUGACAUGAUCCAUGGUCAUGAGAUGGUUCAAGUGAAUGACAUGGUCAAUGGUGAUGAGAUGGCCCAUGGUCACGAAUUGGUCAGUGCUGAGGUGACCCCACCAACCAUAUCAAGACGCCGGAGAAAGAAGUCAUUAGUAUGGGAGCACUUUACUAUUGAACCUGUUCCUGGGGAGAGGGGAUGCCAACGUGCAUGCUGCAACCUAUGCAAGGCAACCUUUGCAUACAGUUCUGGCACAAAGAUAGCAGGUACUAGCCAUCUCAAGAGGCACAUCACGCUUGGCUCUUGCCCUAUGAUAAAAAGCCAAGAGAGGAAGCUGGCAAUGAGUUCAAUUGGAGGAGUGACUGACAACGAUGGUGAGGGUACCGUAGAACGUCCUUCUAAGAGGCGUUACAGAUAUACUGGCUUUGCAAAUACUACAUUUGAUCAAGACCGUAGCAGCUCACAUCUGGCGAAGCUUAUCAUUUUGCAUGACUACCCACUUCAUGUUGUUCAACAGCCAGCCUUCACUGCUUUUACUGAUAGCCUGCAGCCUCGUUUCAGGGUUGCGGAUGUUGAAACAAUGGAGGCAGAGGUGUAUGGUGUUUACCAGAAAGAGAAAAACAACCUAAUGCAAGCAUUGAACACUAUGCCUGGAAGGAUUAGCCUCACCAUAGGAUUGUGGACAACUAGUCAGACUCUUGGCUAUGUUUCUAUAGCUGGGCAGUUCAUUGACACGGAUUGCUCAUCACAUGAUAUCUACAGUGCAAAUCUGAGAGAUCAUCUCUCCAAUAAGAACAACCUGAUGCUUAAGGGCCAGCUGUUUGUUGUGAGGUGCUAUGCCAAUAUCCUCAAUGCAGUUGCACAUGAUGUCAUUGCUUCAAUCCAUGGUGUGAUCUACAGUAUCCGUGAAAGUAUAAAGUUCAUAAAAGCUUCUUCUGCCCGUGAGCAGAGGUUUGCUGAGAUUGCUCUGCAGCUGGAGAUUCCCAGCACUAAGACCCUGUGCCUUGAUGUUACAAUACAGUGGAAUACCACUUACCUUAUGCUGAUUGCUGCCUUGGAUUAUAGGCAGGCAUUCACCACAUUGGAGACAUGUGAUGGUAACUACAACGAGUCACCUUCUGCAGAAGACUGGAAGAAGUUGGAAGCUGCCUGCAAUUAUUUGAAAUUUCUGUAUGAUUCUGCACAUAGCAUCAUGGCUGCGGCAAAUCCAACUUCUAACUUAUUUUUCCAUGAGGCGUGGAAACUUCAGCUGGAACUGUCAAAUGCCAUAACCCAUGAAGAUCCAGUUUUCAGUAGCAUCGCCAAAGAAAUGCAUGAGAGGUUUGACAAGUACUGGAAGGAUUGCAACCUUGUUCUAGCCAUUGGUGUUGUCAUGGACCCUCGUUUCAAGAUGAAACUUGUUGAAUUCAGUUAUUCUAAAAUCUAUGGUGUGGAGGCAGCAAAGUACGUUAAGGUGGUGGAUGAUGCUCUUCAUGACCUUUACAAGGAUUAUGUUGCACAGCCCCUGCCCCUGACGCCAGCCUAUGGCGCACCAGGGGAAGUUAAUAAGAAUGGGCCUGCCCAUGCGAAUAACAACACAGUAACUCCACCUUCUACUGGGGAUGGACUUCUUGACUUUGACAUGUAUCUUUCAGAGAUAGCAAUAAGUCAGCCCUCCAAGUCCGAGCUGGAGCAGUACCUGGAAGAAGCCCUGACGCCCCGCAUCCAAGACUUUGAAAUCGUGGACUGGUGGAAGCUCAACACCCUGAAGUUUCCAACACUGGCGAAGAUGGCCCGUGAUAUCUUGGCCAUCCCCAUGUCCAUGGUGAGCAGCGGCUGCUCCAUAUUUGCCGCGGCAACAACAGGAAGCCGGAUGCUCGAUGACUACAGAAGCUCGCUGCGCCCUGAAAUCGUGGAGGCACUUUUCUGCUCCAAAGACUGGCUUCAGUAUUCUCCGCCGCCUCCUGCAGAAGCUCAGGGUUCUGUAGCGGUGAAGAUGGAGUGA